ACCAGCAGCCAGUCCGCGGCCUACGCCAUCAGCAAGUUCAUCAGCGGCGUCCUCUCCGACCAGAUGAGCGCCCGCUGGCUCUUCUCCUCCGGCCUGCUCAUGGUGGGCCUGGUCAACGUGGUCUUCUCCUGGAGCUCCACUGUCACCGCCUUCGCCGGGCUCUGGUUCCUCAACGGCUUGGCCCAGGGGCUGGGCUGGCCGCCCUGCGGGAAGAUCCUGCGGAAGUGGUUUGAGCCCUCCCAGUUUGGGACGUGGUGGGCAAUCCUGUCCACCAGCAUGAACCUGGCUGGAGGCCUGGGCCCCAUUGUCGCUGCUCUUGUGUCUCUGCACUACGACUGGCGCAUGACACUGUCCUUCUCUGGCUUCACCUGCGUGGCCGUCUCUUUUGUUUGCCUUGUCCUGAUUAAAAAUGAGCCGUCGGAUGUUGGGCUGCCCAACAUCGAGCAAGGACCUAGGAAAGGAAAGAAAGGUUCCUCCAGUGACAACAGCACUUUGAAAGAGCUGCUGCUCUCGCCGUACCUCUGGGUGCUCUCAACAGGCUACCUUGUUGUUUUUGGGGUGAAAACGUGCUGUACCGACUGGGGUCAGCUCUUCCUCAUCCAAGAAAGAGGACAAUCCAUGCUUGUGGGUAGUUCCUACAUGAGUGCCCUGGAGAUUGGGGGUCUGGUGGGAAGCAUUGCUGCUGGAUACCUUUCUGACAGAGCGGUAGCAAGAGUGGGUCUGUCAAGCUAUGGGAACCCUCGCCACACGCUGCUGCUGUCCAUGAUGGCAGGGAUGUGCGUCUCCAUGUUCCUCUUCCGUGUGACAGUCACAGGCGAUUCUCCCAAGGAAAAUCACUUCUGGACUGUAGCCUUGCAACCUCUAGCUGAUCUCACAGGCCUAAAAGAACAUGAGCUGUGGAUCCUGACUCUGGGAGCUGUGUUUGGGUUCUCCUCCUACGGACCCAUUGCCCUGUUUGGGGUCAUUGCCAAUGAAAGUGCCCCCACCAACCUGUGCGGCACCUCCCACGCCAUCGUGGCCCUCAUGGCCAAUGUUGGAGGUUUCCUGGCUGGAUUGCCCUUCAGUACCAUUGCCAAGCACUACAGCUGGGCCACAGCCUUCUGGGUGGCUGAAAUCACCUGCACUGCCAGCACGGUGGCUUUCUUCUUGCUGCGGAACAUCCGCACCAAGAUGGGCCAUGUUCCCAAGAAGGCUGACUGAGGAGAACCUGCUUGGUGAAAAGGAUGUGUCCACAUUGACCUGAAUGAUGCUCAUUUUUUGUUUAACUGGCCUAGGAGUGAGUUUACCUAUUGCUGCAACCUAGAUUAAAAAUGUCUCAGUUUCUCCUCCACUGCCACGUGCCCAAGGGCACAAGGUUCCUGCUACUGAUCACCGUUUCCCUCAAGAUGUGAUAAUUCAGCUAGUUUACAUUUGCAA